AUGGGUGGCUGCGCUAGCAAGCCCAAGACCUACGAGAAAGAAGACGCCCCCCUGCCCCUCCCUGUUGUCAAGGAGGCCGUAGUGGCGGAGCGGACUAUUGAGGAGAUUCGGGAGGUACCCAUUUCCCUUGGGUCUUUGCUCCUUCAGAAUGAAGCAAAGGAAGAGGCAGCUGAGGAUCAAAAGGAAGUGGGACUUCCAAUUAAGGCCCAAAAUCAAGAGCCCAGUCAAGAAGCUAAGGUGGAGCCACUAAAUGUGGUAGAUGCUGCCCCUCCUAUACCCACCGUUGAGGAAGUGGCAGUGUCCGAGAAAGCCACUCUAGAGUCAGCGCCGGAAGUAGCGCCACAAAAGGCCGCCGUCGAGGCAGCGCCGGCAAUAGCGCCACAAAAGGCCGCCGUCGAGGCAGCGCCGGCAAUAGCGCCACAAAAGGCCGCCGUCGAGGCAGCGCCGGCAGUAGCGCCACAAAAGGCCGCCGUCGAGGCAGCGCCACAAAAGGCCGCCGUCGAGGCAGCGGCAGUAGCGCCACAAAAGGCCGCCGUCGAGGCAGCGGCAGUAGCGCCACAAAAGGCCGCCGUCGAGGCAGCGGCAGUAGCGCCACAAAAGGCCGCCGUCGAGGCAGCGGCCGUAGCGCCACAAAAUGCCGCCGUCGAGGCAGCGGCCGUAGCGCCACAAAAGGCCGCCGUCGAGGCAGCGGCCGUAGCGCCACAAAAUGCCGCCGUCGAGGCAGCGGCCGUAGCGCCACAAAAGGCCGCCGUCGAGGCAGCGGCCGUAGCGCCACAAAAUGCCGCCGUCGAGGCAGCGGCCGUAGCGCCACAAAAGGCCGCCGUCGAGGCAGCGGCCGUAGCGCCACAAAAUGCCGCCGUCGAGGCAGCGGCCGUAGCGCCACAAAAGGCCGCCGUCGAGGCAGCGGCCGUAGCGCCACAAAAUGCCGCCGUCGAGGCAGCGGCCGUAGCGCCACAAAAGGCCGCCGUCGAGGCAGCGGCCGUAGCGCCACAAAAUGCCGCCGUCGAGGCAGCGGCCGUAGCGCCACAAAAGGCCGCCGUCGAGGCAGCGGCCGUAGCGCCACAAAAUGCCGCCGUCGAGGCAGCGGCCGUAGCGCCACAAAAGGCCGCCGUCGAGGCAGCGGCGGCAGUAGCGCCACAAAAUGCCGCCGUCGAGGCAGCGGCCGUAGCGCCACAAAAGGCCGCCGUCGAGGCAGCGGCCGUAGCGCCACAAAAUGCCGCCGUCGAGGCAGCGGCCGUAGCGCCACAAAAGGCCGCCGUCGAGGCAGCGGCCGUAGCGCCACAAAAUGCCGCCGUCGAGGCAGCGGCCGUAGCGCCACAAAAGGCCGCCGUCGAGGCAGCGGCCGUAGCGCCACAAAAUGCCGCCGUCGAGGCAGCGGCCGUAGCGCCACAAAAGGCCGCCGUCGAGGCAGCGGCCGUAGCGCCACAAAAUGCCGCCGUCGAGGCAGCGGCCGUAGCGCCACAAAAGGCCGCCGUCGAGGCAGCGGCCGUAGCGCCACAAAAUGCCGCCGUCGAGGCAGCGGCCGUAGCGCCACAAAAGGCCGCCGUCGAGGCAGCGCCGGCCGUAGCGCCACAAAAGGCCGCCGUCGAGGCAGCGGCAGUAGCGCCACAAAAGGCCGCCGUCGAGGCAGCGGCCGUAGCGCCACAAAAGGCCGCCGUCGAGGCAGCGCCGGCAGUAGCGCCACAAAAGGCCACCGUCGAGGCAGCGGCGGCAGUAGCGCCACAAAAGGCCACCGUCGAGGCAGCGGCGGCAGUAGCGCCACAAAAGGCCGCCGUCGAGGCAGCGGCAGUAGCGCCACAAAAGGCCGCCGUCGAGGCAGCGGCCGUAGCGCCACAAAAGGCCGCCGUCGAGGCAGCAGCAGAACUCACGAAAGCCACCGAAGAGGAGAAGACCACCGAAGCGACACCGUCACCGGCGGUGGCAGUGGCGGCGGCGACAAAAGAAAAAACAAUAGACAAUAUGGGAAAGUAAAUUCGGGUGCCUAUGGAACAUUUAAUUUGUUAACAAUUCCAAAAUUGAUUGAGAACGG